AUGGACAGUGGACACAGCCUCAGGAUGGACGUUACUGUCCGAGAGCUCAUGGAGCUCUUUCAGCAGAGCCCGUUGGUGGCAGGGGUGACCCGCCACCAGGAGAGCCUGUUGGACCUGCAGUGGUUGGAGGUCCCAGACAUGGCCCUGGAGGAGGUGGAGUACCUCUCUAGCAGCAUGACCUGUCGCCUCAGGAGGGUCUUAAUUGAGCAAGACCAUUGCAGGAAGCUGUUCGUGACCAUGACCCAGGAGUGGAACACCAGCAGCCGCCCCAGCGAGGACACGCACCUGGCCAUGGAGCUGGCGGACACCAAGGCCACCCUGCGUGGCGUCAGGCAGGAGCUGGAGGAGAAGACAAAGCAACUGGCAGACACCAGGAAUCAGUUGUACCAGCUGGUGCUGGAGCUGCAGGAGGCCCGGCACAAUAAUAUGGAGCUGGCAGCCAGAGCCCAGGCUUCCUGUGCCCCGGUCCCUGAGCUGGACUCCCUGAGGGAGAAGGCGAACCGCGUGGAGAGGCUGGAGAUGGAGGCGAUGGGCCUCAGGCAGAAGCAGAAAGACAUAGUAGAGUUCUAUGCAUCCCGCAUGAAGGAGCUGAUUGAAGAUAAUUUUACCCUAAUGGACACGAAGGGCCUUCUCCAGGAGCAGCUGACUGUCGCUUGGUCCCGGGUCGAUAAGCUAUACGAGCUUGAGGAGGAGAACGUGCAGCUGAAAUCAAAGCUGCGCCGCCUACAUUUGGCCCAGGACACAGACCAGAAACACCUUGAGGAGCUGCAGGAAGAGAACUUGGCCCUCAAGGCUGCACAGCGGCAGAGUGUGGAGGAGUCCGCCCACCUGCGCUGGGAGCUGGACCAGCUGUCAGAGGCCUCCAGCUGCUUCCUGAAGCUGGACCAGGAGAAGCAGAGCCUCCAGGGCACCAUCCAGGGGAUGCAGGAUGCCUCCCUGGCCCUGCAGGAGAGCAGCCUCCAGCGCCGGGAGCUGGAGGAGGAGAACCAGCAGCUCAGCAAGCAGAUUGAAGACUUGCGAGUCCAGAUGGAAAGAGAAAAGCAGACCAACCAGGAUCUGGAGACUCUCUGUGAGGAGCUGAUGGAGGAGAGAGAACAGCUGCUCUGUGACAUAGAGACCCUGAAGGCUGAGAGAGCCCAGGAGAUCAAGGAUCUUGAACAAGUGGUGCUUUCGCUACGGGAGAGUUCACAGGCCAGCAGUGAGGCCUGCUUGCAGGACAUCGAGAAUGAGAACAAAGUCCUCCACCAGACAGUGAUGGAGACCAGCAGCAGAGUCAGCAAGCUGGAGUGGGAGCGGCAGCAGCUGCACCAGGAUCUGGAGCAGGUGAAGGAGCAGGCGGCACGGGUGCAGGAGCUGGAGCAGGAGCUGCAUCGGCUGCAGGAGGAAAAUGAGAAGCUGGCCAUGGAGGUCAGCACCCUGACAACGGCCCCCGAAAGGGUCCACACCCUGGAGCGGGAAAGCCAGGACCUGUUGCUGGAGAACCAGAGGCUGCAGACGUCUCUGGACACCCUGCAGCCCGAGGGUCUGGAGCGGGACAAGCAGCUGGACACCAGGAGCGCCUCGCUCACUGCGCUCAUAGAGAAGAACACUCAGCUCCAGCACCAGCAGCUGGCGGCAGCCCACGAGGCCCUGCAGCGGGAACACGCGUGCCUGGGCGCGCUCCAUGAGCACCUGUCUGGGGAACAUGAGGCCCUCAUGGAUGAGUACAGCCGCCAGAAGACACUGCUGCGACGGACCCUGGAGCUGGAGAGCAAGGUGCUCAGUGACAGAUACAAGGACCAGCUCCAACAUAAGGUGGCGCUGGAGCAGCUGGGGAUGCUCUUGACCACCGAGCGGGAGGCUCUGCAGCAGGAGCAGAGGACGAGCACCAUGGCCACCAAGGAGAACCAGAGGCUGCAGGGAGAGCUGGACAGGGCCAAUUCCCUGCACCAGCAGCUGAAGAGGGAGCAGGAGGAGCUGCAGACGCACAGCAAGAAGCUGCAGACCUCCCUGAGUGACACCCAGCUGCAGGUGAACUGCUGGCAGGACCAGUGCAACUGGCUGAGGGAGGAGCUCCAGAGCAGGGACAUCUCGCUGACCGAGCUGGGCAACCACUGCCAGCUGCUCUCCCACCUCAAGGGCAACUUGGAAGGAGAAAACCGUCACCUGCAGAGCCAAAACCAAAGAUUGAAAGAGCAGAACCAGAGGCUUCUCCAGGAGGACGUGGAGAACAAGGACCAGCACCAGGAGCACCAGCGGCAGUACGUAGACAAAUUAAAUGCCUUACAGAGACAAAAUGAAACACUGGAAGAAAAAAGCAUAGCUCAGCGCAAGUUCCAUGAUCCAGCGCCAAAGAAGAAAAAGCACUGGAUUGGAGCCAAAUUCUUACUCAAACUCAUCAAACUAAAGAAAGGGGGUUCCAGAGAACGACGGAAGUCAACCUCAGAGAGGCCUUCCUGGCCGCUGGAGUCCUCAGACCAGGCCUUGCCCAGUACUUCUCAGCCUCUUCAAUGGCAGCUGGAGCCCCUCCAGGCCACCCCAUGCUGCUCAAAGUGA